AUGGGACAACCUCUUCAAGGAUCAACUAUAAAGUCUGAUGCGAUAAUUUCAGGAACAAAAGUUUAUUCUGAUGCCUCAUGGAAGAACAACCACAUUCCAGGAAGAAGUGAUCUUCAAGCAACAGGAAUUGGAAUUUUCAUUUUUAUUCCUGGAGAUGAGUUUGACACAAAAAUCAUGAUACAAGCUUCUGCUAACUCUGCGCAUUCCCCUCUUGUGGCUGAAGCCUUGGCCCUUCAAUUUGCUGCCAAGGUGGCUUGCAGGUUACAACUCCAUAAUGUGUCAUUCCUCACAGACAACCUUUCUUUGGCAAAGAUGGUGGUUUCCAGGAAUAUUAUGGAUAACUCUAUAGCUUGGAGAUGUCAACCUCAAAUAAGUAGUUUCAUGCAGGACUCUUCUAGUGAACUUGAUGCUAUCUAUCACAUUCCCAGGAAUAUCAAUAGCAUUGCCCACAACUGUGCUCACCAGGUUCUCAAUUCAAUAAUAGAACCUGUUUUUAGUUGUACAAAUUCAGCUCAUUCCCCUUGUCCUUCUAUGCUUUCUCUUCAAGACUUUCAGGUUGAAGGAUUUGUAAUACACGCUGUACUUUGCAAAUGA